AUGUCGCGGCCGCAACAAGUACAAGGAGUGCACAGUAAUAUGCAGCCUACUCUACCGCUGGCCGUCGCUGGAAACGCUGCUACCCAGCAUCAGCCAGUGCUCUACAUGCUCGUGGAAGCUGUUACAGCAGCUCAAGAUGCUGCGAUAAGUACCGAUGCUGCUGGGACUCGAGCUCGAGACACCCACAAGUCGACGAGUGGCCAGCAGUUUCUAAUUCCGGUUUCGCAUCUUCAGUACGCCGUCGCCCCACUUUCCCAGUCGAUCCAAGUGGUGUCUGCGCCUUCUUCGUUGCACCCUCAGCUUCAGGCUCAAGCAGCAGAUCAUACCUUAACUUCAGGUGCAACUGAGGCGAAUUUGUCUCGGAACUCCGUUGUUCACGAGGGCAGCAAUGGAGAAGCCAGUGGCGGAGAUAACAGCGCUGGCAACCGCGAGCCGUAA